GUUCGCCAUCCUCAACAUCGACCGAUACCUUACAUUCCCCGGAUUCCACGCAUUGCAACCAUCACCACCUGUGCAGUCCACCUAGAUCUACGCUCUCAACACCGCUCCGUAGCGGAAAAUGACAGAUACAGAUCAUAUUAUAGAUCCCAAUGGGGAUAUGAUUCUUACUCUGGAAAAUCCGGGUGCUCCAUUUGCUGUAUGGCAUCAUGACGACGCAAACACGUCGAGCACUGCUCUCAAUCAGACUAAAAACCCCGACCGGGUAACAUUCCGUGUGUCUUCACGACACCUAUCUCUAGCUUCGGCAAGGUCUACAAAAAUGCGGCACCGAUGGGAUGAGAAAAAGAAGGCUGACGGAUAUCUUCAUAUUUCUGUUGAAGAUUGGGAUACUGAGGCGCUCUUAAUCGUUUUGAACAUCGUCCAUCUUCGAAACAGGAAAGUGCCUUGCAUUGUAACUCUGGAGAUGCUGUCGAAACUUGCCGUCGUGGCCGAUUACUUCGAAUUCCACGAGGCUGUCGAGCCGUUUAGCAAUACUUGGAUCGCACGUCUGCACCCUGCUCUUCCCACAUCUUACAACAGAGACCUUAUUCUGUGGAUAUGGGUUUCUCACGUUUUCAAUGCCAAUCUGCUUCUUAAGAAGCUCACGUAUACUGCAGUCCAGUGCUGCCCCGGGAAAAUGCAGGAUCUAGGGCUUCCGAUUCCAAGAAGUAUCGUCGAGAAGGUGAACAAUAAGAGGGUUGCAGCAGCAGCGAAGCUUGCUUAGAGACUCCGUUCACUAAAAGCCGGCCUGCAAGACGAUUCGAUAGGGUGCUCCUAUGAAUGCCGAUGUCUUCUUUUGGGCGCCCUUAUAAAGCGCCUGGAGCCCCUUUACGCUUCUGACUUGGCGCCGCAACUUCUCUCAGGACAUAGUCUAGCGACGGCAAUAAAGACCUGCGAAGAAACACACUCUCCUCGAUUCUUACAAAGGAACACCAGGGCGCAAUGCACCUGUGAUCUAACCGAGCUGAUAACGUCCUUUCUCCGUGAGAUCUUGAACGAUAUAAAUAUACCGAUCCCUAGGUCAUAUCUAAGGAAGAAGUUGGCUUAGGGCUUCCAGCCAGAAUCUGGGCGAGCAUACCCCUCGUCGACCGCGCCUGGACAAAGUUGGUGGUAAAAGUAAUGUAUAUAGGGUGCUCAGAAACAGGGGGGAGUAUUAAAUUUAUAUCCUUUACAUUCCGAGACAAAAUCUUUUUUCAACGCGAACGUGUUUAUCGUCCGAACCCAAAAGUCUUCAUAAAAGAAAAUGGAACCUCAAUCCCCCGAAUAAAUAAUUAUCACGUAGAGGUUGCUCCUUAGGUUGUUCCUCUUCGUUGCUUACCUCAGUAAUAGGAGCUCCUAUAUAUACGCUCCUAUUGCUUCCAUUCCAUUAGCUAGUUCUUAGAUAGAA